AUGUCAGUAUGUACAACAUUCAUCCAGUCAUCAAUCCCUCACUCACUCACACUGGAUCUUCCCCGCGGGUUGCUGUACUGGACGGACUCAGGACUGAAGACCGUAUCCAGAGUCACGUACGACGGUCAGCAGCGGAAAACCGUGGUGGAACCGAACAGCUUUCUGGAGCAGCCGGCCGGACUGGCCGUGUUCGAGAGUCGUGUGUACUGGAUUGACGGGCUCACUGGGUCGAUAUGCAGUGCAGAUAAACACUGGGGGAAACUGCUGCAGGUGAUCAAGAUCUCCUCGAGAUCUCCAGCAGGAUUCAUCAUCUACCAUCCGCUCCUUCAGCCCACAGUUUCAGACGCGACGAAUUCUCCUGCUCAGACUUCUACUGUGGACGCUAAACCCGCCUCCUUCACCUGGAUCCUCCCUCUGAUUGGUCAGUUCAUUUAUGUCUUCGAUUGUGAUUGGUCAGGUGCUCGUGUUCGUACAUAA